GACUCCAUUUUCUGUUCUGCCAGAAGAAAGCGCAGUCAGGAUGCCCGAGCCCGCCAAGUCGGCUCCGGCCCCGAAGAAGGGCUCCAAGAAGGCGGUGACCAAGGCGCAGAAGAAGGACGGCAAGAAGCGCAAGCGCAGCCGCAAGGAGAGCUACUCGGUGUACGUGUACAAGGUGCUGAAGCAGGUGCACCCCGACACGGGCAUCUCGUCCAAGGCCAUGGGCAUCAUGAACUCGUUCGUCAACGACAUCUUCGAGCGCAUCGCGGGCGAGGCGUCCCGCCUGGCGCAUUACAACAAGCGCUCGACCAUCACGUCGCGGGAGAUCCAGACGGCCGUGCGCCUGCUGCUGCCCGGGGAGCUGGCCAAGCACGCCGUGUCCGAGGGCACCAAGGCCGUCACCAAGUACACCAGCUCCAACUGCCCUGAAAAGGCGAUCGUCACUACACUUGAUUGUUAGUGAAGAAUGCAUUCGUCUCCCCCUCUCCCGCCUGACUCGCAGAUGACCCGCCACAGUCUCCUCCCGCCUCAGUGAUCUCCCAGAGACCUCUCCAGCCUCCAGGCCUUUGCAAAUAUUCUCUUCCUGAAAUGCCCAAUUCCAUCUUUAUCCCCAACACACAGUUUUCUGAAAUCAACAACUCACUUUUCAGCUCAAUCAAAACGUUAUUGGGGAAGCUGAUCUGCACUGUUAAAGACUCUCAGAGCCACAAAGAACUGGCUGUAUUCCCAGCCCCAAACUAAUCAUUACUAAGAGGCUGGGACCCUCAGGACUAGUGUGGUAGAAUCAAGACCUGAUCCCUGAGACUAGAGAGAAAGUCGGCCUUCCCUGGAGCACAAGGCAACGAGGAGGGGGAGACUGGAACGAAACUGAGGCUCUUUGGAAGAAGGAGGGGAAGUGGCCCUCCCUGCCUGAUACCCAGGCCUUCUAGGCAGAAAGGAGCAUCCAUCUGGUUCAUUCAUACUCAAGUGCCAAGCACGGAAUCAUGUCCUGAGGAUACGGAGUAGUGCUUCUGAGUGUGCAUCAAAAUCACCUGGAGGCUUGUUAGAGGACAGCUUGCUGGCCCCACUCCCAGGGUUGCUGUCUCAUCAGCUCUGGGGAAAAUCUGGGAACUUGGCUUUCUAACAAGUUCCCACAGAUACAAAUGCUGCUUCUGGCUACUAAGCUUUGAGAACGUCUGAUACGUGGAGAACAAGCUAACCAAAGCCCCUUCCUAUGUGGACGUUUCUCUCUGGUGGUAAAGAUGAGGUUAUGGGAUAUGAGGAAAGCAAAGCCAGGCGCACCUGGGCCGCUCAGUCGGUUAAGUGUCUGCCUUCGUCUCAGGUCAUGAUCUCAGGGCCCUGGGAUG